UCUGCUCAUUGACAGUCGACAGUUUUAGAGAAGUGACGCGAACAAAAGGACCUCCAGCGUUGCUCUUCAUGGCAGCCAGCACACCACUUCCAUGUGAGGGUGAAGCCUCGAACAUUUGCCCUGGGCUGUCGUGGUCUUGUUCUGCUCAUUGACAGUCGACAGUUUUAGAGAAGUGACGCGAACAAAAGGACCUCCAGCGUUGCUCUUCAUGGCAGCCAGCACACCACUUCCAUGUGAGGGUGAGCUCGAGCCCGAUCGGAGUUAAUAUAUAUCAAAUAUUUGAGUUUCCAUAUUCACCGGCAGAGCUCUAAUCUUGUACACUCAGUUUGGUCACUAGUGCACAUCGAGCUCCUCUCUACUCUCUCGGUUCGAGUUCGAGUAACGCAAAAGAGUGCAAGAAGUCUUAUGCCCAGCACGCACAUGCACAUAAGUUGUGACAAUUCGACAAGAAGUUAAGUUUUAUUUUGGAGAGCCGGUUCUGGGGAUCGAGAAGGGGGCUCCUAUAGUCCCGGUUACAUUUCGCUCGCGCAUGUAGAGCAGCAAACAGUUCUUCCUCUGUGAGAGUGGAGGAGAAAAUGGAGAGUGCAGGUCCAAAAUCUGCAAAGUACAUCAAUGCGCUACUCAUAGCCGCGACUGGCAUUUCAAUCUUGUUUGGUAUAUUUAGUUUCUUAGGUUACUUCUUGGUAAGAAGGAACAACCACAAGCAAGCGGGGUUGGACUCCGCAGACGAGGAACCAGAGCUUCCUCCCGCUGUUCAGGGGUUGGACUCCGCAGACGAGGAACCAGAGCUUCCUCCCGCUGUUCAGGGGUUGGACUCCGCAGACGAGGAACCAGAGCUUCCUCCCGCUGUUCAGGGGUUGGACUCCGCAGACGAGGAACCAGAGCUUCCUCCCGCUGUUCAGGGGUUGGACUCCGCAGACGAGGAACCAGAGCUUCCUCCCGCUGUUCAGAGGUUGGACUCCGCAGACGAGGAACCAGAGCUUCCUCCCGCUGUUCAGGACCUUAUACGGAAGCUGGAUAACAAAACCGAGCCUUUACGGUGGCUUCCCACAUUAGCCUAUCCACAAUUUCAGGAUUUUUUUCCGCAGCGUGCAUUGCUUUCGACUAUCACAGGGUGGCAAAGCCAAGUUCGCCUUCGAGUGCUGGAGGCAAUCGGCAGGUGCAACACCCUUCAAUAUCUGGACGUUCAGGAUAUUUUUAGCGGAGAUAUUUCGAGGCUAACGGCUAACGAGUGGAAGGUACUUCUGAGAGGUUUUAGCUGUAGCACCCAUCUACGAGUGAUAAGAGUUGAAAGAUUGACAUGGACCUCACUUGCGGAAGUGGAGAGCUUGUGUUUACAGCUGGGGGGAAUUCUGAGAACCUCUAGUGUAACAGAUAUGACAAUUGGCAAUUGCAGAUUGAGUGAUAGAUGUUUCUUGAAUCUCGCAUCAAGACUGGGAGGAGAUUACCAGUCUAAACUCAAGACUUUAGAACUAUGUAAUGCAUGGAAGGACUCGAGUGCGAUGAAGCAUAUGGCUGACAUGAUCAAGAGUGCUACUCGAUUAGAAACUUUGGAAAUAGGGGGUUCAUGGGAGCGCAUGUACGACAUGGAUGAGGAGGCCGCUAGAAUCCUGUCGCAGGCUUUAAUCCAGAGCUCAUCCUUGAGAAAAUUGGUUCUAAGGGAGGUGAAGGGCGAAGCGUCGGCCUUCUUGCUGAAGGCCUUCAGCAAGAAGGCAUUGGAUGGAGAUGGCGGCAAUCAAGCUAUUCAAUGUCUUCAUCUAAUUUCUGUGUUUGGACUCGGAGACUCUUUACGAGAACUUCUGAGCUCCAACUCAUACUUGGAGGAAGUAACGUUGGCAGCCAUCGACAUGCGUCCCGAAGAAUGGAGCCGACUGGGCCAAGCCAUACGCGAGACUGCUACAGCAAAAUCUAUUCGCGUAACCCAUUUCAUGCGUCAGAAAGAUGACUUGAAGGGAGUAGAAGAGCUUGUGUGUGCUGCUAGCUCAGAUGAUAAGGACCCCAAAGUGGAGCUGAUUAUCACAUUUUACGAUUACGAUGCAUUGAUCUCAGCACUCAACUUUGUGGGUGAGGUAUUGCGCGGAGAAAUCAGAUCUCUAGAAUCUUUGAUUCUAUAUUUCAAUUGUUCUUGCCCUCCAGGCAGCAACGAAAAUAGAAUGCCAAGUAUCGUCCCAAUGGAUGAAAAUCUUAGAGACACUACAGUCCUGAAGAGACUGAAAUUAUUUUUCAAAAAGAAAGAUACUUUGAAGGGAGUAUGGAAGUACCUGCUUGUGUGCUUGCGAAAUAACACAAGUCUCACUCAAUUGGAUUUGUCUGACUCUGAACUCGAUGACGAGGCGUUCAGAGACCUGAUGGGGCUACUUCAAAAGAACUUGACUCUCCGGGCGAUAGAAGUCUCAGGAACCUCAUGGCAAACGGACGGAAAGGCGGCGCUGAUUCAACAGGCCCUCGAGCAGAACCGGAAGCGGGCAGAAUACAUGGCCGUGUUCCGAGAAGCCAGAUUAGCGUUUGGAGAUGCAAAAGUCGGUCGACUCUUUUUAUGCGGCUCUCCUCGAGCAGGCAAGACUCAAUUGCGUCAAACCCUGAUGAGGAUAGUUCAAGUCAAGUUGAAAGACAAAGUGGCGAGGUUGUUCAGAACUACAGGAAUUGAAGUGGAGUUUUUACAAAACAAUGAGAAGAGGCAAAUCUCAAUUUGGGAUCUUGCGGGACAAGAGAUUUUUCGUACUCUUCAAAAUGUGCUUUUCCCUCCAACUAGCAGUUUUUGUGUUUUUCUCUUUGUGUAUAGUCCUUUCUGUGACAAAACAUCUUCGAUUAAACCAGCAUCUUGUCUUCAGAUAGAGUUGGAGGAAUGGUUGAGUUUCAUCACAUCCUGCACGAGGGUCACGGGAGAUAAUCUUCCACAAGUUCUUGUUGUGAUUUCACACAAGGAUAAAAUGCAAUCCAUUCCUUUGACGUGGGCUCAACCAAUAGUGGAAAAUCUGUCAAAACAAUUUGCAAAUUUUGUGGAUGUCCAUCCUAUUCAAGAGCGUUUUCAUAUAAAUGCUCGAAAGAAGAAGCAAGUUGUUCCUCUCAAAAAUCACAUUUUUCAAAUAUUUGAAAAGUUGUUGAGUGAAAGGUCCCCACAGGUUCCUAAAUUGUGUUUUCAACUCUCCUUUGACUUGGUUACAAACACCAAGAAUCACUCAAGUUGUCCUCUUUGGACAUCUCAACAAUUUCAUGAAUUCUGUACCCCUAGGUUGAGAAAACUCAUUCCAUCUUCUCCUCCUCUCUUCGUUGAGAGAAUAAUUAGUUCCAUCAAAUCCUAUUUGAAUGACGUUGGAUCUAUAGUUCAUAUUCCCAAUCUUGAUUAUAUCAUCGUCAAUCCAAAUUGGCUCACGAAUACAUUAUUGGGUGAGCUGAUAGCUUUUGGUCAAAAUUUUCAAGCUCAAGAUUCUGAGUCUUCUGAUAGAUGGAGCUCAUACACAAGCAAGGACGGAUUUGUGAGUGAGAGUGUCUUUGCUCGGUUGAUAGAAGAGUUUCUAGAAAAGCAACCACAUGAACAGAGAAGUGUGGACAGAGAGGUGCUUGAAAACAUCCUUAUCAAUUUGGAUUUGUGUUUCAAGCUCGAAGAUACUUCUCAGUAUUUUAUUCCCUCCUUCAUACCUGAGCAUGCAAGCAUGGAAGAAGAGUCGGCCGUACAGUCGAUGGCUUGGAAAACUUGGAAUGAGACUUCAGAGUUUGCGGGCAUGCGGAUUCAAUGCCAAGAUGCAAGAACAAUGUCACUGACCACAGCUUUUUUUCCAUGCUUCCAGAUGUUCAUGAGACGCAAGUUGAUAUCGGAGAUGGGUUUUUCCAAGGAGACUGUGACCUGCUCUCGAUAUUCUCUGCAUCUUUUCCUUGACGGGCAUGAAAUUUAUGUGGAGCAAGACAAGUCGCACAAAUACGUGGAUGUUCUAAUGUUAUGCUCGAGUCAUCAGCCAAGGGAGAGGGCUACUAAAUAUGUGACGAAGCAUAUCGUCCAGGAGUUGAUAUCAUUUUGCGCAUCAUCGAAAGGUUGUCCCGGGGUGGCGUUAGUGUUGGGUGUGAUCCAAACACAUUGCGUGGAGAUGUUGAUUCCAAGUAAUCUCAGACGAGCCAUUCUCAUCGAGGAGCUGAAAUCGGACUUCAUUCGUAGCAUCAAUGACAAACUUGGAGAAAUAUCAUUAAUCAUGUUGCACCUCAACAUGAUUAAUGAUUGGAAGAAGGAAGAGUUAUUGAACUAUAAGCACUGUUGGCCCUCGAUUGGAAGAGACAUAGGCAGAAGAUCCGAACGAGCUAGAGAUUUGUUGUGGGAGAGUGAUGUGGAAGCAGUUGUGAAUGAGAUUCUACAGAAUAGAAUCCAACAAUUAGAGUCAUUGCAGGAAGGUCUAAUUACAGUGGAUUAUGAUUUGGCUGAGUGUUAUUUUGAAGGUGAAAACAUGAUUAGCUGCUCCAAUGCCCCCCAAAUGAAAGACCUCGAACCACUUUCAUCCAGGUGCUUGAGGCGGUCCAACACAAGUGAGGAGAAUCGUUCCAUACUCAAACGACUUAACUUUGAGUAUGAGCCGCUCAGGAGACACUUCAUGUCCACUUUGCAAGGAGUGGACAUGAAAAUACAACACAUACUCUCUGUGCAACAAGAACUGCACUCAACGUUGAGUCUCUUCAUGUUUAAGGUGGACAGGAUCAUUGGCUAUCCUCAAGCGUUUCAGCAGGCAAGAACGCCCAAACGACCCUAUGUUACGGAUGAUGUGGGAAUUUUAUAUAAGUUGAGUGCAGGUCUGCAUGUUGGGAGAAUUGUUCGAUUACACUUGAUGUGUGAGUCGGUGACUGGGUUUCACACUGUCGAAGAUCAAGAAGGGUUGAAGAUACGAUUGGAUUUGGAGAAGUGGGGGUGGAUUCAGAAAACUAUUGAAAUUUCAUACAAAGUCAUAUAUUAUGCUGCAAAGGCUAGACUGAAUGGAACCCUCGGGAUAGUACAAGCGAUUCCGGCCUUGGCAGAUUUGGAAUCGGAUAUUGUUAAACUGGAUGGUAUUAGCCGUGAAGAUCGCAAGGCAGUUCUAAAAGGUGGGGAAAGCAAGGAGCUGAAUGAAGCAUGGCUGAGGAUUCAGCAAAUUCUUGCGCCUGAGCUUCAAAAUAGCUAUAGCUAUUGCAAAAUCUUCAAGUUGUAUCAGGUGAAGUACGUGAGUUUAGAAAAAGGUGGGCAUGCAUGGGUGUGCGAAGAGUGCAUGAAUAAAGGCCUUCGUAGUGGAAGUUUGACAUAGUAGGAUUUAGAACAGGUUAGAAUGCCACUAUGCAAUUGACAAGCAUAUGUUUAGACCCUCAUGCAAUAUACAGCUCUGCAAAUUCUUCCUUGCAGUUUUCACAAGGAAGAAGUCUUCUAU